AUGACGCGCUGCGACGAGUUGGCGGCAUGCUCCGAAUCGCCCGAGUGUCUCACCCGGAGGUUUCUGACGCCGCCGAUGCAAUGUGUCCACGACCUGCUGCGCGAGUGGAUGGGGUCCGUCGGCAUGUCGGUCUGCCUGGAUAAUGCCGGCAAUCUGAUUGGGCGGCGCGAGUCUCCCGGCGCCAAGCAGACGCUGCUCGUUGGCUCGCACCUCGACACGGUCCCCGGCGGCGGCCGCUACGACGGCGUGCUCGGGGUGCUGAUCGGCCUUGCCGUGGUCGAAGCCCUGGGCGACGCCGAGAUGCCGUUCAACGUUGAUGUGAUCGGAUUCAGUGAAGAAGAGGGCGUCCGUUACAGCAAGCCGUACCUUGCGAUCGCCACUUACGGCGCCGACCCGUCGCACAUCGACGACUGCGCGUACGACGCCGACGAGGUGAUCGGCUACGUUGAGCCGCACCUCGAACAGGGCCCCGUCCUCGAACGCGCCCGCGAGCCGGUUGGCGUUGUGUCGGGCAUCGUGGGGCAGAGCCGCUUGCGGCUACGAGUGGUCGGCGAAGCGGGCCAUGCGGGCACGACACCGAUGGCGGGGAGGCGCGACGCGCUCGUCGCCGCCGCGCAGUUCGUCACGAAGGUGCGUGAGAUGGGGAUCGACACCGACGGUCUGCGGGCGACGGUAGGGCACUUCGCCGUCUUCCCUGGCGCGCCGAACGUUAUCCCCGAGCGCGUCGAGUUCUCGCUCGACGUACGGCACGCCCGCGACGAUGUCCGCGAGCGCGCCGUCGAUCAACUGAUCAUCGCCGGGCGCCGCAUCGCCGAAGUCGAGCAGUGCCUCUUCGAGGUCAUCGAGAAGUCGGCCCAGGGCGCCGUCGAGGUCGAUCAGCCGCUAACGCUUGCGUUGGCGGACGCGAUCAGCGACGUCGGCUUUCAGCCGCUAUGCCUACCCAGCGGCGCUGGGCACGACGCCGUGAUCAUGGCUCAGCGAUUCCCCGUCGCGAUGAUGUUCAUUCGUCAUCCGGGUGGCGUCAGCCAUCACCCCGACGAACGCGUCGAGCGCGACGACGUUGCGGUGGCGAUCGAUGUGUUGACGCGUUUCGUUCACAAACUAGCAACCCGCACCCGUGUCGAGUGGAACCACGCCCUGAUCGCCCCGGACGGUCACGUGCCGGGGCUGCCGCCGGGAUGGGGUUCGGCACGGGGUUACCUCCUCAUCAGCCCCGUGAUGAACGGCGCCGGCGGGCCGCGGUUCUGCCAGUACCUCGUCGAAGGGGGCGAAGGUAGUGAAACCCACUGCGCCGCCUUCGGCUUGCAGCGGCUUGUUUACGUCUUGGCGGGGACGGCGACACUCGACGGCGAUACGCUCGCUACUGACGACUUCGUCUACUUUCCUGCGGACGACGAGUACCAAUUCACCGCCCCAGCCGGAGCGAAGCUUCUAGUGUUCGAGAAGCCUUACGAGCCAGUCGAAGGCAUCGAGCCGCCAACUCGGCGCACCGGAUCGCUUGCCGAUGCGCCGACGGAGCCGUUCCUCGGCGACCCCGACGCGAUGCUCUCGACGCUGCUGCCGAUCGAGCCCGAGUUCGAUAUGGCGGUGAAUGUCUUCAACUUCAAACCCGGCGCCGCACUGCCGUUCGUCGAGACGCACGUCAUGGAGCACGGGCUCUUCAUGAGGGCAGGGCAGGGCGUCUAUCGCCUCGGCGAGAAAUGGUAUCCCGUCCAAGCGGGCGACACGAUCUGGAUGUUGCAGCAGCUCGCGACGAUCAGUGACUGCCCCGAGCCGCCUCCGGCGGUGACGCGGGUCGUCUUUACCGAGACCGACCUCCGAGCGCGGGACUACCUGCGCUCGCUCUACGAAGCGGCGGGCCUCGCGGUGCGUGUCGAUGCGAUCGGCAACACGUUUGCGUGCUGGGAGGGGAGCGAGCCAUCGCUCGGCGCCGUCGGAACGGGCUCUCACUGCGACGCCAUUCCGCACGCCGGGUUGUACGAUGGCACGGUUGGCGUCCUCGGUGGGCUUGAGGCGAUCCGCGCGCUUCAGGCGGCGGGCUUCCAGCCGCGGCGGUCGAUCGAGGUGGUGAUGUUCACCAGCGAGGAGCCGACACGCUUCGGCGUCGGUUGCACCGGCAGUCGGCUGAUGAGUGGCGCCAUGUCACCUGCCGACUUGGUGAAGCUCACCGACGAAGCCGGCGACGACUACGACACCGUUCGCAAGCGCGCCGGGUUCACUGGCGGUUUAGCAGAAGCGAAGCUUCCCGAAGGCUACUACGACGCUUUCGUCGAACUACACAUCGAACAGGGACCCGAACUUGAAGCCAAGGGCUUGGCGAUCGGCGUGGUGACGGCGAUCGCGGCGCCCGCCCAGGCCGACUUCACGGUCACCGGCGAAGGGGGCCACGCCGGCGCCGUGCUGAUGCCUCGCCGCCGCGAUGCGCUGGUGGCGACCUCCGAGAUGGUCAGUGCGAUCGACUCAAUCGCUCGCGCCAGCAAGAGCCCCGACCUAGUGGCCACCGUCGGCAAGCUCGAGGUUCACCCGGGCGCCGUGAACUCGAUCCCCAGUCGCGUGCGGUUCACGCUCGACCUCCGCGACAUCGACGGCGCCAACCGCGACGCGGUGCUUAAGGAGAUCGAGGAUGAGGUCGAUCGCAUCGCCGCGGAGCGUGGCGUCAAGGUCGAGCACCGCAUCCUCAACGCCGACCCGCCGGCGAUCUCCGAUAAGAAUGUUGUGAGCGCCGCCGUCAGCGCCGCCGAGUCGCUGAAUCUCGGUUACCAAGAGAUGAUCAGCCGGGCUUACCACGACUCGCUGUUCAUGGCGCGCGUCGCGCCGAUGGGAAUGAUCUUCAUCCCCUGCCGCGGCGGCGUAUCGCACCGACCGGAUGAGUACUCGUCGCCCGAAGCGAUCGCCGCGGGGGUGCAAGCGCUGGCGCUUACGUUGGUGAGCUUGGCAGGGUGA